AUGAGUUUCAAGAGGAACAAAAAGGACGGACACAACAAACCGCGGGCAGCUAACGCCAAAACCCUCACCCGAAGGGCUCUUUCCUUUAAAACUACUACUCGACGCUCUCAGGAAGCUCCCCAACCGCGGUCGCCGCUCAUAACCUUCACCUCCACCUCCUCCAGGCACGGACAGCCCUCCCCCGGCGCCUCGAUCGACAACGACCCCUCCCGGCGCGCCGCCCAGCCUGCGGCCUCGACCCGCCGCCCGCCAUCCGCAGCCGGGAGCGCCCUCCUUCCCCUUCCCAACCGGGCCUCCCCGCCGGCGCCUCGGGCUGCGGCCCGGGCUCGGCAGGCCGCCGCCGCCACUACCUGCCCGGGGACGAGUCCCCCCGCGCCGUCGCUGGCCGCUCAGGCUCGGGCCGCCCCCUUCAGACGGCCACCGUCGCCCCCGCCGCCGUCCAGGCCGCCCUGCUCCGCCGGCAGCCGCGCAGCUCCUCCAUGCCCCGCGCCCCACAGGAAUGAAUCCGGCCGCGCCGUUCGCCCCGCCCCGCCACGCCGAGCUCCCUCCCGCCCUCCCAGAGUGCGCGAACCACAACGGCUGCGGCGGAUGGUGCCUGGGCCCAUUUGCUGGGAAUCUCUCAUAUACUGCUCACAGAGGUGUUCUGAGAACUGCAGCCCCAUCGCUUAUCAAGAAGGCAGGAAUCCCGCAGGGCGCCAUUCAGACACCUUGCGAUCAGCAUGCUGGGGAGCCGCUCCCCGUGCACAAAGGGGCCUUGCUGUGAGGAGUGAAGACGUCAGCUCUGUGUUUUUUUGUGUGUGUUGUCUUUUUCCUCCACUCAGUGACUGUGAAGUCUUUUCGAAAAAUUAUGCUGCUCCUUUCUCUAAAGUACUCACAUUUUAUAGAAAGGAACCUUUCACUCUUGAGGCAUAUUCUAGCUCUCCUCAGGAUGUGCCCUAUCCAGACCCUGCAAUAGCUCAGUUUUUAGUUCAGAAAGUGACUCCUCAGUCUGAUGGCUCCAGUUCAAAAGUGAAAGUCAAGGUCCGAGUAAAUGUCCAUGGCAUCUUCAGUGUGUCCAGUGCCUCUCUAGUGGAAGUGCACAAGUUUGACGAAAAUGAGGAGCCGAUGGAAACAGAUCAUAAUGCAAAGGAGGAAGAGAAGAUGCAAGUGGACCAAGAGGAACCACAUGCUGAAGAGCAGCAGCAGACACCAGAAAAUAAGGCAGAGUCUGAGGAGAUGGAGACCUCUCAAGCUGGAUCAAAAGACAAAAAGAUGGACCAACCACCUCAAGCCAAGAAGGCAAAAGUGAAGACCAGUACCAUUGACCUGCCAAUUGAGAAUCAGCUAUUAUGGCAGAUAGACCGAGAGAUGCUCCACCUGUACAUUGAGAAUGAGGGUAAGAUGAUCAUGCAGUAUAAACUGGAGAAGGAGAGGAAUGAUGCUAAGAAUGCAGUAGAGGAAUAUGUGUACGAAAUGAGAGACAAGCUUAAUGGCAAAUAUAAGUUUGUGAGCGAAGAUGAUCAUAACAGUUUUACCUUGAAACUAGAAGAUACUGAAAAUUGGUUAUAUGAGGAUGGAGAAGACCAGCCAAAGCAAGUUUAUGUUGAUAAAUUGGCUGAAUUAAAAAGUCUAGGUCAGCCUAUUAAGAUGCGAUUCCAGGAAUCUGAAGAAAGACCAAAAUUAUUUGAAGAACUAGGGAAACAAAUUCAACAGUAUAUGAAAAUAAUCAGCUCUUUCAAAAGCAGGUACCUUUUUCUCUUUCCUCCCUAUUGUUCUGGUAAAGUUUUGAGGCAUAUACGCAGUAGUUUUUCUUCUUAUUCUUUAUUUAUUGUUUAAUAAUGUUUUCUUUUU